AUGAAGAAGAUUUUCAGCACGAAGCGGUCGAAGACGCCGGCCAUUGUUGGCGGCGGCUCGCCUGCUCUUCCCGACACAGGAGUUCCCGUCGGGACCGUUCCCUACUUCAGCGCCGCCGCACCUCCUUCUCUCGCCGGGACUGCCUCCCCUUCGUCUGGCCUCAUGAAGCCCCGCCCUAUCUACGGUUCUUCUUCCCCUCAACUCACACAGAGCGCAAUGUCAGGCUCGCAGGCCUACCCAACCCCGCCGACGACUGUCUCGCCUCCCGCUGCAGGUUCUGACCGCCUCCCUAAUCCUUCGCUCUUCACGCCUGCUGUCGUCUCGCCUGGCUUGGCGACCGCGAGUAUUGGACCGACGAUUGUGACUGCGAUGGCAGGACAAGCGGGAGCGGUCGGAGUCGCCCAGGAAGCCGUUGCGGAUGCGGACGUCGGUUCUUCCUUGGGCGAGUUAGAGGGAAAGCUGAGUGUCGGUAUCGACUUCGGUACGACCUUUUCCGGCGUCGCUUACGGCUCUUCGCGCCACAUGGGUGGCACCGUUCGCCAAAUCCUCAACUGGCCAGGAAGCUACGAGACGUUUCGCAAGGUGCCAACCUGCAUCGCUUACUACCAGGCUUCGCCGAACGACAAGGCGGUCGUGGUGGCUUGGGGCAUCGAAGCGAAGGCGAUGACCUUGCGUGAAGGCUUCUACAAGAUCGAAUGGUUCAAGCUCUUCCUCGACCCGCAAGUCCUCCGCGAAGGCCGCCUCGCCACUUCCGCUCGUUUGCCCGAGCUUCCUCACGGCAAACAACCCAUCGACGUCGUCACCGACUUCCUGAGCUGUCUGUGGAAAUAUGCGAAAGAGCGGAUCACGGAGGAGAUUGGAAGUGUCGCGGAUUUGGAGGCGGCGGAUGUCAUCCUCACCGUCCCUGCCGCCUGGGACGCCGCAGGAUGCCAGAUCAUGCGGCAGGCUGCUCUCAGCGCAGGUCUCGUUCAGAGCGCUCGAGGAGGCGAUACGAAGUGGCGAGAGAGGCUGCGCAUCAUCACCGAACCGGAAGCCGCUGCCAUCCACGCCUCGACCCUCUCGACGCUCUUCAAGCUCAAGCCGUCGCAGACAUUCAUCAUCUGCGACGCUGGUGGCGGUACCGUCGACUGCGCGACGUACAAGCUUAUCGGCCAGCUUGCCCAGCUCGAGAUUGCCGAGAUGAGCACGAGGAGCGGCGCGAAUUGCGGAAGUCUUUUCCUCGACUUGCGCUUCGAGCAGCUCGUCAAGAGCCUCCUCCGCACUCACCCCGUACACCUCGACGCUCCAUCGCUCCUCGCUUUCCGCCACUCCUUCAGCGAAUGUGACAAGCUCGUCUUCGCCGGAGAAGCGGACGACGACACGCUAUUCCGCUUCAACUGCUUCAACAUUGAGGACUCGCAUGACCCGACGGUGAGGCUGGAGUACGGCGAGCUGGUCGUGCCCGGAAACGUAUUGAGGAGGGACGUGUUUGAUCCGGUUGUCGACCAGGUCCUCUCCCUCCUCACGCACCAACUCUCCAAGCUCCCGACCCAGCGCUGCGACGCCCUCAUCCUCGUCGGCGGCUUCGCUUCCUCCCCCUACCUCUGCCAACGCAUCCAACGCGCGUUCGGUGACAAAGUCCCGAUCAUUGCGCGCCCGAGGGACACGGAUGUUGCGACGUUGCAGGGCGCGGCGAGGUAUGGCCUGAGUUUGAGCAAGGAUGGCGGGACGGUUAGUAGCGUGAUCAGUCCGAGGUCCUACAUCAUGAAGUGCAAGCUCCCAGCGAGCGACGAGGACCGCUACCAGCGUCCAGGCUUCAUCGUCCGCAAUGACGCCGGCGUCGAAGUGUGCGAGAACAGGCUGAGCUACCUCGUAGCGAAAGGCGCCGUCGUAAGGAAAGGUCAGCAGCUUCGGUCGCGAUACUGCAAGUUCAGUCGCGCGCCGACGGAUUGCAUGUUCACCGCCGUCCUCUACGUCUCAGACGAGGACAAGGUGUAUCGGUACACGGACGAAGGACCGCUCGAGGAGUUGUGCCGCUGGACGGUCGACCUGUCUCCCCUCCCUUCCUUCCAGUACAACGCCUCGACUACUACCUCUGGCGGCUUCUACACCGAGUUCACGCUUGGUCUCCUGAUCGACAGCGCGGAGAUCAUCGGCGUCCUGGUGACGGACGAGGGAGAGGAGGUUGGAAGGGCGACGUUCGAGUUCUUCGGGCAAGACUGA